CACCAGAAAGAGGGCGUGGCUGCGAUAUAAAAUCCUUUUCAAAAGAACAAAAUCUUUUGUCCACAUCUGCGAGAAAUCCCACAUUUUCGAGGGCACCGGACGACCAAUAUGCGGUUCUGUGUGCUACUUCUCCUUGCCGCGUCGGCACUGGGUAACCCUCCAAGAGUUAUUAACCUUGGUACAAGGUUUGUCCCCGGCUACCAGAACCAGUAUUCUGAGUUAGUGGCCAGAAUACUCCGAUCAAGGGGAAUUCGAGUUUACUCAGUGUACGACAUCGCUAACAUCAGGCGGUCAUCUCUCUCUCAAGGAGGGGUAUUCUUUGGAGAUUCCCCUAUUGGAUCUGGGCUAGACAGCACCUUUAUUAGAAGUUCGGCGGUACCUGGUGGAUCAAGUCUCACAUACCAAGAGUUAUACAGUGGUGCUGGCGGGUCAGUAGGACCUGCUGGACCCGUGGGAUAUAUCCCAGAUGGAGUUGGACCUGAUUAUCUUCCAGGUGAUGUAGGGAGAACCUUUGUCCGAAGUUCUACUUCCAGUGUUCGACCAAGUAUUGGUUAUGACGAAUUAUACAGAGAUGUUGACGUAGGUGGUCCAUCCAUUGCACCCAUACCAGUAGAUUCAGGAUCCGAUUUAGGACCUCUGGAUGGACCCGGAGCAGGAGUAGGGCCAGUGGGACCAGGAGGGGAUCUUGGACCAGAUGGAUCCGGUGGUUUUUCACUCCCUUCAGAACUAGUUGGUGGUGGUGGCCUUUCAGGAGGUUUGGACGGACCUGGAUUUGGACCAGCAACCGCGGGUCUUUCAGAUUUGGACGGACCUGGAUUUGGGUCAGCAGGAGUCGGCCUUUCAGGAGAUUUUGGCGCCGGGGCAGAUGUUGUCACAAGAACUUCCACAUCUACCAGAACCAAUCUCAUACCUUACUCUUCGUCAUCCACUUCUACCUAUAGGGAUCUUCCAGGACCAUAUUCAGACAUAGACGAAUAUAGACCUUACCUUGGUGGCGGUAGUUCGGUAUACCGGGAGAGGUAUUACGAUAGUGGACCCAGAUUUGGAAGUGGUGCCGCAGAUGACUAUUUCCUCGGAGGCGGACCUAUCAUAGGUGAAUCUGGCUUUGGAUCUUUGUCCGGCAGUUCAAGCUUCGAUUACCUUCGUGGCUCCGGUGAUUCAGGUUUAGAUUACCUUCGUGGCUCCGGUGAUUCAGGCUUAGAUUACCUUCGUGGCUCCGGUGGUUCAGGCUUAGAUUAUAUCGAUUCAGGGGAUUAUAUUCCCGGGGGCGGCUCCUCAUCAGUUUAUAGGGGAUCCACAGGAUUUCCCUCCUCUUACUACGUCCGGAGAUCGUACAGCCUUCCCCAGACCUAUUACGGACCACGGGUUACCUCGGUCAGACGAACGUACACCUCCCCCGGAUAUGGUAUUGGAUUCUCAACUUACGGGGACGGGGUUCGUGGAGGAGGCAGAUUUCAACAAUACUUCUAGACGGUCCGGUGUAAGGACAAAGUAAAAAAAAAAGAUUUCAUUUUACAUUUGUAUAUAGACGCCCGAGGUUGAAUAAAUUAUCAUGCAUCACUGACAAA